CGUCUGAAAGAACAGUAAGGUUUGUGUCUUCUUGGAAAUCCACAUAGAACACAAUCACUCGGUGAGCGAUUACACACGUCUGAAAGAACAGUAAGGUUUGUAUCAGCUGGAAAUCCACAUAGAACACAAUCACUCGGUGAGCGAUUACACACGUCUGAAAACAUGGCGACUUUAGUGGAGGCAACAUCCUCGCAGCAGUUUGAGGACUUGCUAUCAAAGGCUGGCAAGUUCUUGACGGUGGUCCACUUCCAGGCAGCAUGGGCCCCUCAGUGCAGUCAGAUGAACGAUGUGAUGGGAGAGCUGGCAAAGGAGAACAAACACACCAUGUUUGUCAAGCUGGAGGCAGAAGCAGUGCCAGAGGUAUCAGAGAAAUAUGAGAUUACCUCAGUCCCGACCUUCCUCUUCUUUAAGGUGAGUCUUAUUACCUCAGUCCCGACCUUCCUCUUCUUUAAGGUGAGUCUUAUUACCUCAGUCCCGAUCCUUCCUCUUCUUUAAGGCGAGUCUUUUUAC